AUGACAACCGUAAGACAGAGAAGGGUUGGAAAAGGCACGGAAGCGGCUGAAGAUCAGCCUUCAGAGAAGAAUGUGAAGCCUGAUGGGAAAAUUCUGUUUGAUCAUACAGGUAGAAAGCUGUGGAACAUACUCUCUAUAACUGUUGGUGGAAUUGUUGCCGUCUCUCUUGGACUUCUUACUUCUGUUUAUGUUGCUACACUGCAUGAAAAUGACCUGUGGUUUUCCAAUAUUAAGGAAGUUGAAAGAGAAAUUUCAUUCAGAACAGAAUGUGGACUUUAUUAUUCCUACUACAAAGAGAUGAUUCAGGCUGCUUCCAUCCAGCAAGGUUUACAUGGUUUAGUAUAUGACAAUAAAACUGAAUCUGUGAGGACAAUUAACAUACUUGAAAGAAUGAAUGUUUACCAGGAGGUGUUUCUCAGCAUUCUGUAUAGGAUUCUUCCAAUUCAGCAAUACCUAGAGCCCGUUUAUUUUUAUAUCUACACUUUGUUUGGACUUCAGGCAGUUUAUGUCAUUGCUCUGUAUGUAACAAGCUGGCUUCUUAGUGGAACGUGGCUUUCAGGGUUGUUGGCAGCUUGCUGGUAUAUUACAAACAGAAUAGAUACUACAAGAGUAGAAUUCACCAUUCCUUUAAGAGAGAACUGGGCACUGCCAUUCUUUGCUGUUCAGAUAGCAGCCAUCACAUACCUACUCAGAACUCAUCUACAGCCUGUUCAAGAAAGAUUGACACUUACGGCUGUAUUCAUAUCAACGUUUCUCUUUAGCCUGACUUGGCAAUUUAAUCAGUUUAUGAUGCUGAUACAAGCAUUGGCAUUAUUCAUACUGGACUGCUUUGACAUGCUUCCUACAGCAAAGGUUACGUGGCUCUAUAUCAUUCAGGUUUCUGGAUUACUGCUAGUCUGUGUCCUACAGUUCUUUAAUUCAAUGAUCCUUGGAUCAUUACUUAUAAGUUUUAAUGCUUCUGUCUUGAUAGCAAGAACGAUCCAGAAAAACCUAAAAAAGGGCUGCUUGCUUAAUAGGCUUGGGAAACUUAUCCUCCAUGUAUUAUUAGUCUUGUGCUUGACUCUCCUAAUAAAUAAAUUCAUCAAGAAAAUUCUUAAUCUUGAGUCAGAUGAACAUAUAUUCAAAUUCCUGAAAGCAAAAUUUGGAUUUGGGGCAACAAGAGAUUUUGACGCUAACCUGUAUCUUUGCGAAGAAGCUUUUGGUUUACUACCAUUAAAUACUUUUUCAAGACUCUCAGAUACAUUACUUUUUUACGUCUAUGUAUUUGUUCUCGUCCUUACGACAGUAGCAGCUGUAAUUGUUGCCUUUCGGAACCUCAGUGGUUCAAAUCAAGUCCAGUUCAUGAAAAAAAUGGGAGAAUGCACAGUAACACUGAAGCCUGAUGCUGCUUACAACUUAAUUCACACAGUUCUUUUUGGAUGUCUGGCAUUAAGCACAAUGAGAAUGAAGUACCUCUGGACAUCCCACAUGUGUGUGUUUGCAUCUUUUGGCCUGUGCAGUACGGAAGUAUGGAAACUUAUCCUGAAGUGUAUUCAUCUCUACACUUCACAGAGGAUGCAUGUGAUUAAGUAUUCUAUACCAAUAAUUACAUUAAUAUACAUUUCAUAUAAGUUCUGGCCAGGAAUAAUGGAUGAACUGUCAGAGCUGAGAGAAUUCUAUGACCCAGACACUGUGGAGCUGAUGAACUGGAUUAAGUCAAACACUCCAAACACAGCAGUGUUUGCUGGGAGCAUGCAGCUAUUAGCAGGAGUCAAACUGUGCACUGGACGGACCUUAACUAAUCAUCCCCAUUAUGAGGACAAGAAUCUGAGAGAGAGAACAAAACAGAUUUAUCAGAUCUAUGCCAAGAGAUCUCCUGAAGAUGUUUACAGAAUACUGCGAUCCUUUGGUACAGACUAUGUGAUCCUGGAAGACAGCAUUUGUUACGAAAGAAGACACAAUAGAGGCUGUCGGUUACGUGACUUACUUGAUGUAGCUAAUGGCCAUAUCAUGGAUGGUUUGGGAGAGAAUGAACCUGAUUUGAAAACUUCGUUGUAUCCUCGCUUCUGUGAGGAAAUUAAAAAAAACCUGCCUUCUUACACCAUACACUUCACUAGAGUGUUUCAAAACAAAACAUUCCAUGUUUACAAACUUGCUAAGCAUAAAUAACAUUUCCACCCAUGGCUUCAAGUUCAGUAUUUUAAUCCUAGGACCCAUAUUAGAAAACGCAGAAGAAGUUUACAAACAUGUUACAUUAGUAAGACAUUUUACAUUCUUGCUUAAUUACUGUGAUUCUUAUUUUUUUAGACAGUUUAGUUUUGAUAA